GCUGAGAGAAAUCGAUCAACGUGCUUGCACAGAAAAUUAAAGAUUUUCAAGCGAAAACCUUUGCAGAAAUUAAAUGGUUUGAAGUUUCACAGUCACUUUUUGGAGAGUUUUGGAUUUCAAUUUUAUUGAAGUCCAUUCAAGACAUUUUUAGAAACUGAAGUGUUUUUAUUGCGUUUAUUUUAUUCUAAACACAAUAAAAUAUUACAGAGCUUGUUUUGAGCUCUUUUGACCACAUACCUGAUAUUGAGUGAAGGCUAUCUGGAAGUUGAGGGAUGAACUCAAGGGGCAUGAGGGGUGGUCGAGGCGCCCGUGGUGGAAGGGGACGUGGAAGUAGGGGUGCUGGUGGAUUCAGUUCAUACAGAGCUUCUGGAUUUGAGGCUGCAGCCCCUCAUCCUCAUUAUCCUCCUUAUGAUGCUUAUGAAGAUGAUUAUGAAUAUGGAUAUGCAGGAAAGCGACCAAUAGAUGAUAGAGAUCCAAUGGGAGUGAAGAGACAGAGAACAUCCUCUGUCCAUAUGAUGAACAGAAUGAUCCAAGACUCUCAAAGAGAAUUGGCAAAUCUGACUUUUGGCAGUCGUGAAACCCCAAAAUGGCGUCCAAACUCGGAUACCCAGCAGCUGAAUCAAGUUUUAAACAGACAACAGAUGUUGCUGGAGAUGCAGUCUGAAAUGAUUGCUGGAAUGGGCGGUAGACCCCAGAAACCUGAUCCAUUAGAUGAUGCCUAUUAUGGCAGAAGACCUGCAACUGCAGAUCCUUUUGCUCGAUCCUCUGGGUAUGGUCCUCCUCGUGGACGCGGUGCCAGGCGUGGAGCAGCUCAAUAUGGGUAUCCAGAAAUAGAAACGCCAAUGCCAUAUAACCACAAUCCUUAUUUAGAUUAUGAAUAUGAUGAUGGUGGAUUAGGACCUGCUCCAGAAUACUACGUAAGCAUCGAAGGCAAGAUCAACAACUUCAUCGAAGUUCUUUUGGAGUAUGAUGACCUCUUCAUUGCGGUACAGGCCAUAGAGACCUCCAGACACAACAAUACCACCUUGGUGAAGAUUCGCACAGAGUAUAACGUCUUUGAGGAUAUGGACAAAGAUCCCUACAUUGAUGGACAUCUGAAGAUCAAUGGUGUCCUUCUCGCUAGAGAACAGGGCUAUACAAAGCACCAAGUCAAAGAUUCUGUGUAUGCCAAAGCAUUGUAUAUGCUCCUCACCAAAUCAGUGAGUCACAUUUUUGCUAAUUCAAACAAGCUCUACAAGGAUUUGCCUGAAGAACAGAAAAAAAUCAAGGAGCCCAAAGAUGGAAAGAAAUCGAGAGACCAUAAAUUCAUCCUUGCCAGAUUGAUUGAAAUGAUGACACAGCUUCGCCAGAAUAUUCCUCAAUCCCGAGGAUACAAGGAGAACCUGAUCCACGAAUUGGACGUAGCUUGUGGAACCGUGGAUGCAGGAAUUACUCUGGUUUACUACAAGAACAGUGAAGAAUCUCAAACCUGUGAACUAUACGUGGAUGACUUGAUGCUUGGCCAAGGUGAAGAAUCGGAUAAACGUGGCGCCAUGAAGAACGCCUACAGAAACGCCAAACGUCUGUUAAUGAAUUGGAACUAUCCAGUAGAGAGAAUAGUCCGUGAGAAUAAGCGUCUGCAAAACGUUGACAUUUUGGAUCAAGAAGUUGUAGAUAUGCAGUACAAAUCCAAAAAUCACGAACGGGGUUCAAACAUGAAUGUGAUGAAGACGACUAAUUUGGAGAACUUUGCCAAAGAUGUGACGACCAAGAGAGACAUAGUGGUGUACGAACAUACAGAAGAGACCAAGACUGCCCCGUGGAAGGUUAUAGAAGAUACAGCCUGUGCCAAUCGCAUGUUGUUUGAAUAUGUGUUAUAUAAUCCCAGAGAAGGAGGUCCAACAAGAUGUUUAUUGUUCCUACAAGAGGAACUGAUAGCUGAUGCUAUGGGUUUUAAUAGAAUCAAAUCUAAAGCUAAUGCUGCUCAAAAAGGUCUUCAAUGGUUGAAAGCAAACUGCCCUUUGAUAAAGACAUCAUCCAGAGAUUACAAUAAUCCUUUCAUGAGUUUUGAAACAGCCAAACAGAAAGCGUUGUUACUGAAAGCUGACAAUCCAGAACUCGCUCGGAAUUGGGACUUGUCUUCUUACCCUGCACCAGCAGCCGAUGACCCCAAACCAGAUGAUCUGACCCCAUGGGUGGAUCAGGUCCUAGAGAAUGUGCUAGAGGAUUAUCAAAAAACUGAAAGCUUGGAAGAGAUCAUUCUGGAUAAAGACUUUCCUAAAUAUCACAUUACCCGCUUGCGUCAGAUCAGCAAAAAAUACGGCACCCUCAUCAUCAUUAAAUUGGGCAGCGAGAAACAAAUGCGAACCAACUGUGUGGUCAUUCAGAAGGACAUUUUCCGAACAGCCAACCCCAUCGAGGUGGUGAACCUCUUAAGGAAAUGUGGCAACGAGAGUGGCCGAUAUAAAUUGAUACAAUACAAGGAUGAAAAUGAAGACAUUGUGAAGGCUUAAGAUGAUAUUUUAACAGUUUUCUAGUGGCUUUGAGAAAUUGUCUCAAAUAAUUAUAUCAUUCUAUAUGGGUACCAAAUACUGCUUUAUAACUAUGCAAUGUUUCGACAAUGUUUCUCUUGUCUAUACGUUGUGUUGUUAUAUAAAUCAGUAAUUCUUAUCCAUGUUUUGUGACAUUUUUAAACCGUGUUUUUGGCCUAUUAAUUUAGAGAUUAUUUCCAAGCACGGAGAUUAAUUGUGGCCGAUAUUGGGCUUGUAAAAAACUAAUUAGAAGGCUCUGAAGUGAAGGAAUUUUUGUCAUGUUAUUUUAACCUUGGAACUCCGAGCUGAGCAUGAAUAAAAUUAAAAGUUAUAUACCCUGUUCUUAAAGUAAUAUUAUAACUUAGUGUAUGAAGCUAAUGUUAAUUGAUCUUACUCAAAACUUGUGUUGAUCAGUUUUCCAGUCAUCUGAUUGGUCAAUCUGUUAAAUAGAUUUCAAAAUUCAUUUAUAUCAACCAAUUAGAUUACUGUUUUUCUUCAAAUUUAAAUUUCAUAGCCAAAAAUUGGCAAAAGUGGCAUGUUGUAAAACUUGUAAUUUUAUUCAAUUUGUUGUAAGCAUUUCAAAGACUGCAUGUAUAUUCUGAAUAUAUAUUUCUGUUUUCUUUAUAUUUUACAUGUUUCUGUAUGUUGCUUUGGGUAUUUGUUUUGUAAUAUUUUGUGUUGAGUUAUUUUUUAUCCCCUGUUUGUUGAUGAAUGUAAGCUUCUGUAUUUUGUCUUUGUAUUGUGUGCGGUGAAAUUCCGUGAAUAUUUUUGAACUGCUGUAAUUUUUGUUUAGACAUGUCUGAUUUGGUUACAUUUACAUUUUAACAGGAGGAGAGAGCACCUUUCUUGAUGGAAUAUAUUUGGUUUGCUUUACGAAAGGGAACCUAAUCUCCAUGUGUAUCCCUUUUCAAAAUGAAAAUCUGAUCAGUUCUAUAGUUAAUGAGUGAAAGUGAAUGUCAUUUCGAGAGCUUUAGCAUGAGAAAAUAUUACUGUCUUUGUUUGGACAACCACUUUUUUAUUGUAUGGAAUGUGUAUCAGAUUUUAAAUUUGAAAAGUGUCACAGGUGGCCAACAGUCAUUAAGGAUGUUGUGACAUGAUACAAGUCUGCUUCCAUGGGGAGUAGGUGUCCUGCCAAAGAGGGAAUAGAAUGGGUAGUUUGAUUCUUCACUAAAAUAUGUUGUAGCUAUUACAUUAUGUGAAGAGCUAAUUAAUUAUGUAAAUAAAUCUAUUAUUCAUUGCACUUAUCAAAGGG